GCGCAGCGCGUCUACAUUUUCCAUUUUACCGCUUCAUUCGCCGUUCGAGUUUCGCCUAGACGGGGGUGAUGUCACCACAUUGGAUGUCGCUAACAGAAGAGCUGAUCGAGUGCGUCAAAGCCCACCCGAUAUUGUACGACCGGCGGAACGAGGACUACAAAAAUUCGAACAAACGGGACAAAGUGUGGAGGUCGAUCGGCGAAGAACUGGGACAAAACGCUAAUCUAUUAAAGAAAAAAUGGAAGAACCUGAGGGAUUCAUACGCGAAACAUGCACGAAGGACUGUUUCGUUUACCAAAGAUCGGAAAAAGCAAAAAGAAUUGUUGUGUAAAUGGAAAUGGGCGAACGAAAUGGAACCAUUGCGACCUUAUGUAAUUGCCCCAUAUCCCGGACCAACAGGACAAGAAAAUUCAGGCGCAGACAAUUCAGACUACGAUAUUGACAACACAACAACAAGCAGGAGCGUUGUACGUAGAAAAAAAACUACAUCCUUCCACAAUUCGUCGGUUUCACCUAGAAAUAUUGCUAAAGUUAAGUAUAGCAAUCGUUUGAGGACAGCACCAAAUACAGACUCCUCUCCAAAAAAUGUUAUAACUUAUUUGGACAACCAGAAUUUGGUACAAAGUGACAAUAAGAAGAUGGAUGCAGUUGACAUGAUUUUCUCAGGGUAUGCUUCGACGGUCAAGACGUUUUCGCAGCGAAUGCAGAUAAUGGCAAAACUGAAAUUUGCCGAGGUAAUGUCACAAUUGGAAUUAGAAAAUGAACAAGAGUCGGCUACGUCUUCGGAUCAAAUUGUUCAGGAAGUUAACAACACCACAUAUGAUGAGUGUGACUUUUCUAGUGAUGUUAAAGAAAAUAUUGAUUUAGAAUAAAG